CCUCGACCUGCUUGUGCUCGCUAUGCCCACCUUCCCCUCGAAUCCGUUAAACUCGCCGACGUAUAGCAGGGUGUUCAGAAAAUACCCUGCGCUGUUUGGCGUCCCGUUUGUCUUGCUCAUCGUGGGUGCUUCGUUCGGCAUGCAGCAGUUCACGCAGACGCGGUACGAACUGCACGACCAGAAGGUCUCCGCGAUGAGUAAGGAACAGGAGCUGGGCUUGGAGAAGAACCGGCGGAAGAUCGACAUUCGAGAGGAGUACUUUAAACUCAGCGCAGCCCCAACGGAAGAGUGGGAGCCCAAACGUAUCGCGCGACCAAAGGGCCUGCCAGAAUGGGGCGUUCCGCCACCAGAGCCUCCGACCGAUCCCAAGUCCAAACCCUGAUCUCUCCUGGCACCGUCUCCCGCAGCACUAUCCCUCAUUCUACGCUCUCCAUCUAAUGCAUCAUCAUCCGGAGGUUGUUGUAAUCAUAGUCAUCACAAAC